AGCACAGCUGACAAUUAUAAUUUUUAAGGUUAUGUUGUUUAUUUAUUUUAAGCAAUCAUUAAUAAUAAAGGAAUAUGAUAAAUAAUAAUCUACAUAUUUUGUGUUAGUAAAGGAAUUAAUUAACUUAAUAUACUCGUACCGUGUUCCUUCCGUUGAGAGCCGUAAACAGUUCCAUAAAAUUUCGAAAUUGGGUACCUAGUGGUUUAUUAAACAUAAAGAUGAACAUAGCUGAUAUUAUAAGUCGAUCCAAUUUUUCAAUGCUUGAAGGAAAGGUUGACAGUCGAAUCAUCAGUUCUAUAAGAAAAAUGGGAUUUGACAAACCCACAGAAAUUCAAGCGAAAGUUUUACCUCACAUGUUACUUGGAUUAGACGUUAUAGGCGCAGCUAAAACUGGAAGUGGUAAAACUUUAGCUUUCCUUGUGCCAGUGAUUAAUAGUUUACUAAAAUUUAAUUUUAACAAAAAUAUUGGUACAGGUUGUUUCAUAAUUUCCCCAACAAGGGAGCUGGCAUUGCAAACAUAUGGAAUUUUAAAAAAGUUACUAGACAAUAUUAAUUUAACACAUGCAUUGAUUGUUGGCGGUGUGAAGAAAAAAAAAGAAUUGUUAUUGCUGCAACAAGGUGUUAACAUAGUGGUUGGAACACCAGGCAGAUUAUUGGAUCAUUUGGAAAAUACGGAAGAAUUUAAUUGCAAAAAUCUAAAAUGCUUAAUUCUGGAUGAAGCUGACAAAUUACUUGAAGCUGGAUUUGAGAAGCAUAUAAUGGGUAUAAUAAAACUGUUGCCAAAAAAUAGACAGACAGGACUCUUCAGUGCAACCAUAGAUGAUAAAGUAAGAAACUUGGCCACAAUAGUGUUGAGAGAAAAUCCAAUUUUAAUAUCAGUGAGAGAUGAAAAACAGUCUACAGUAACAGGGCUUCAACAAGGUUAUUUCAUAUGCCCUGUUGAAAAAAGAAUACCUUGGCUAUUCAAAAUGUUAAAAAAGGCGAAAAAGUUUAAAUUAUUAGUGUUCUUCUCAUCAUGUAAGUCAGUGGACUUUCAUUACGAAUUCUUCAGAGUGCACUGCAAAGCCCCUGUCUUGAGUAUACAUGGAAAGCUGAGUCAAUCUAAAAGAAAAGAAGCGUUCCAAAAUUUUGUAGAAGCUAAAAGUGGAGUGCUAUUUUGUACUAAUGUAGCAGCAAGGGGUUUAGACAUUCCAGCAGUUGAUUGGGUUGUGCAGUAUGAUCCACCAACAGAUGUCAAGGAAUAUAUUCAUAGAGUAGGACGAACAGCGCGGGGAUUAAAUAGUACUGGUAAUGCUGUAAUCGUAUUAAGGCCUGAAGAGGAAAGCUUUGUUGAAUUUCUAAAGAAAGAAAAAGUAUAUUUAGAUAAAUAUACAUUUGAUUCACCUCGAGAGGAUGUACAGGAAAUGCUUGAAGACCUAAUAAAAAAUAAUGGUGUUAUGAGACUUUUAGCUCGUAAAGCUUAUUUGUCAUUUCUAAGGUGUUAUAAGAAACAUUCUUUGAAUAAAGUUUUUAACAUCAAUAAUUUGGACUUGAAAUUAGCAGCUAAAUCAUUUGGCUUUUUGGAACAGCCACAUGUUGAUCUUUUAAAUAAUAAGCCCAGAAAGACAAGAUGACAUCGAUGAAAAUGAAUAUAAAUAUGUACACUGAUAUGUUGUUAUAAUACUUGUUACAAUAAAAAUAAAAUGUUUU